CUUACAUGCACACCACUUGGAGCGAUGCGGGGCGCCCUGUCGACGCUCGCUCGAGGGAGGUCCGCUGGAGGGAUGGUAAUCUCGGUGCUUGGCGACACCUUCGCGGAUGUGGUUUGCCGGCCGUUAGAACGCCUUCCCGCCUGGGGCACGGACACCCUGGUUAGCGAUCCGAUCCGUGUGAUGCUCGGCGGCUCCGCGGCCAAUUUCGCGGUCCACGCCACCAACCUCAACAGAGCGCAGCCGCCAUUCGAACUGCUAGCAUCAGCAGCGCCACUAGACGACGAAGCACAACGACUGAACCCGGCGGCGGCGGAGGCUGCCGCGAGCGGAGAAGAAGCCGGGGCGGGGGCAGCAGCCGCGGCUGUUGAAAGCUGCGAAGCGAACACCAAGAAGAAGCAGGCCUGCGUGCUUCACACCAGCGUGGCGAGCGACGACAUGGGGGCGUUCGUGCGCGGCAAGCUGAUCGAGCACGGCGUGGAGUGGUCGCAGACCAAGGCUCGCGAGCAUCAGGGGGCAUGUGUGGUGCUGUCGGGACGAGAGGACCGGAGCUUCGUGACGCACCGAGGCUCGGUGGCGCUCUUCUGCAGGGAGGACAUCGACGUCCCCCUUCUUUUGGAAUCAGACCACGUCCACGGAGCGGGAUUCUACAACUGCCCGGCGCUGUGGAAGGACCUACCCAGCCUUCUCGCCGAGGCGAAGGCCGGCGGCGCGUCCUGCUCUCUCGGGCCCCAGUGGGACGCCUCCGAGGAGUGGGGGGGGCUGGAGCCGCUAUACCCCUACCUUGACGUCUUCAUUCCGAACGAGGACGAGGCGCUGAAUAUCUCGGGCUGCGACGACGUCGCCGAAGCCGCUUCGUUCUUUCUAGACAAGGGGGUCGGCCUUGUCGUGGUCACGAGAGGGGGCGGCGGUGCGUUCGCCGCUUCCAGGAGACACGGCGGUGGGGGCACCGCCGGUGGGAGGGGCUCCGUGAGAAUCAAGGGCGGGGGAGGGAGGGGCGCAGCAGGAGGUGGCGGUGACGACGGUGGUGGCGAGGGUGGCUUUCAGAGGUCGUGGGAGCAGAAAUGCGUCCCCGUGGAGGUCGUGGACUCCACGGGAGCGGGAGACGCCUUCAGCGCUGGCUUCCUCCACGUCUGGGUCGGCGGCGGUGACGUCCAGGCCGCCCUGCGGUGGGGUUGCGCGCUGGGCACGGCGGCGGUGACCAGGGUAGGGGCGAGCUCGAAGCUGUCGAUCGAGGAAGACGUCCGACCUAACCUCGUGUAGUGAGAGAGAAGCAGGAGGAGGGGUGUUGGUUGCAAGACGUCUCGCCUGGUCCUUUUAUCACUUCGGCGGGAGGAAUGGACGCCAGGCCGGGGGAGGAGGAAAACAGGCGCCUCUGAUGGAAGGUUGGUUACGCCUGAAAAACAAGAUGUGAGGCUGCGGGUUUGUAGGAGAAGAAACGUGCCAACGUUUCGGAGACGAGCGUGCGCUUAGAGCUAGCGGAAAGAGUGCUCCAGUUUGCAAGUGGUCAUCUGUGUGGCCCGGAGAUACCGAUCAGGCUACAACGCAGGGCGACAUGAUGUGACAAGAGCAGGGACUGAUGCAGAGAUGCAUCAGUCGUGCCUUUCACCCUGUGGACUUGGGUGGUUACUGUCUUUUUGAAGGUCUACGGAGACUCGGGGCUCCGUACCAUGGGUAUUUUUUAGGAUUAUAUGUAUUUGGAUGAUGCACCAGGUCCUGUAUCUUGGGGCUACCAUCUCUAUUGUAUUUCGGGGAAAGUACUUUCGUGCGUGAUCACUCUAGCCUUUACAAGUACCAUCAGCCCCUCACUUGGGGGCGGGAGUCCUGGCGGAUACUGUAUGGAUCGAUUCCCAAUCCCGGCAAGGCCUAUAGGAAACAGUGACUGGCCGAGAUCUGAUUGGAUUCUUCGCAUUUCUAGCCGCAGUGGCGGUUGAACCAACGCGACGAGUCAUACUUUUCUCAGGGGUCACACGCGUUUGGUUGGAGGCACGGAAGCAGGUGUCGCACUCCUCCAAGUUUUUUUGUGAGUCGCCCUUUGCCGGUUUGUUUUUCGCGACAUCUUUGGUCAUCGUACACCCCCUGUUGAGGUCAUAUCGUCACGAAAAGCUGUGCUCACAGAAGAGGAUCUCCAACAAUCUGUGGAAAGAUGCAUAGAGUCGUUCCUAUCCC